AUGCGCGUUUCAUAUGCUGCCAUUCUGGCACUUGCCACAUUGACCUUGAGUGCUCCUGUCAAGCGUGGUGAGAGUGUCUACGAUAACCCCAAAGCUGCCACUCUUCCAUACAAUGUCAACUCUCUAGAGACCGUCUCGGAGAAGCGUGGAGAGGCCGUUUAUGACAACCCCAAGGCAGCCACUCUUCCAUACAACCCCAACAGCCUCGAACCAGCUGAGUCGAAGCGUGCGGAGUCCGUUUAUGACAGCCCAAAGGCCGCGACCCUUCCGUAUGGUCUGAACGAACUUGACAAGAAGGGCGAGUCGGUCUACGACAACCCGAAGGCUGCCACGCUCCCGUACGGCCUCAACUCUCUCACCACUAAGCGAGGUGAGGCUGUCUAUGACAACCCAAAGGCUGCCACGCUCCCGUACGGCCUCAACUCUCUCACCACCAAGCGAGGUGAGGCUGUCUAUGACAACCCAAAGGCUGCCACGCUCCCGUACGGCCUCCACUCUCUCGUUGUUAAGCGAGGUGAAGCUGUCUAUGACAACCCAAAGGCCGCUACGCUCCCUUACAGUGUCAACUCCCUUGAGACAGUCUCUGAGAAGCGAGGCGAAAGUGUCUAUGACAACCCCAAGGCCGCUACCUUGCCCUAUAACGUCAACACUCUUGUUUAA